AUGCCACAGCCUCUGCGACUGUCCAUCGUCUUAGCCGCCUUGGUGUCAGCGGCGCAGUCAGUUCUGGUGACGUCGGGGUCGAAAUGCGCGACCAACUGCGGUAAUGUUCUGGAUAGAACAUCCCCGGAUGACCUUGUUUGCGAUCAGGGUAGCUUUUCGAGUGACCCUACGGGACAGCUGUUUGCUGGUUGUGUUGGGUGUGAGAGAUCCAGCACAUUCUACAGCGGGAAUAACAGCGACAUCCAGGCUAUGCUUUAUAAUGUCCGGCUUGCGUUAUCGUACUGCGUCUGGGGCACAGUACCAGCCAAGAACCCUAAAGUUGUUGAUACCCCUUGCAUUACUACGAAAGCAUGUGGUCCUUUCAAAAACGCUGUUCAGUUCAAAAACCUGUCGUCAGAGUACAAAGCCUAUCAGUACUGUGAUAUAUGGCCGACAGGUGAUGCCCCCGACUUCCAAGGCUGCACCGACUGCCUUCGAGCGGAAGGCAGGCAAACUAUGGCGAAUUUUGUCGUCGCUCUUCAGGCUGGUUGCGAACAAAAGCCACCACCGGGCCUUUUCAUUGGUCUCGAUGGCGAGAUAUUUUCAAACACUGCAGUGCAAAUCUCGACUCCAAGCCCUACGGCAAGCAUCAACCCAGCUUGGUUUGACCAGGGCCCUUUGAAUCUUGGUGCCAAGGUCGGCAUUGCUAUCGGCGCAGUCGUGGCCCUUCUCAUUUGCCUUGGAUGCUGCAUCGUCUGGAAUGGUAAGCGUCGAAGAAGGGCAUACUUGCGAAACUUGGACACCAAGGUUGCUCAAAGAGGUUGGCCAUCGCCGAAUGGUCAACGAGAGAUGGGCGAAACUGCCGGGCAGUCAUCUUUCCGUGGUUGGGACGAUACGCCUGUAAGUCAACAGCCGCUGCGCGGCUGGGACGACACUCCCGUGAGCCAGCAAGCAGCACGAGGCUGGGAUGACUCUCCCAUGACGGCAAACAGCGAUAAGCCGUUCCCAAGAUACUUCUCACCUUACUCCAGCCAGUACAACAGCCCGGUGAGCGCCCAGGAAGGUCAGGCCAUGCAGUGGCCACAGGCAGCUUUGCCUCAUACCCACCACAUUGGCGUUGCUACCACUGCUGAAGGUUCGCAUGAACCUUGGAGUCCAGCGUCGGAGGAUAAGGGCAAGUCGAAAGUCGAAGCCUAUGAGAUGCAUCAUGUGGACAAGAGUGAGAGUUGCAGCUCACUGAGCCAGCCACACAGGGAGAUCGAGGAGCCACCGGUGUUGAAUCACCCUGGCUAUGGGAGAGGCCAAAAUAUCCCGCCCGCUCAUUACGUACUGAAUGAGCGUGAUGCUAGGCAUGGAAAUGCUAUUUAG